AUAAUGGUAUGUUUUUACUCUUCCUAGGCUUUGUAUCAUGGGCCGAAUUUGAAAGCAGUUAUAAAAAUGUAUCGGAGCUUAAUCCACCGUGUUAGACACCGUCUUGGUCUUUGGAGAACAAGACAGAUUAUAUACUUUGGAGAGCUAGAAGAAUGGAUGGACAGAAAAAAAUUCUAUGAAACCAUGUUUGCCAAGAGAGAAGACUGGCAAGGAUUAGAAAGAAGUGAGCUGCUGAAGUACUUCAACGACUGUGGUCAUUUCCCCACACAGAAGCAGAUCGAUGAGCUCUGGGACCUGUUCCACAGAUAUAGUGAAGGAAAAUAUUCUGAAGUAAUCAGAAAGUCCAGUGCUAUUGAACUAUUAUUUACACUCUAUCCUCCUCAAGGUGCCAGAGUGAAUGCUGGCACAAGACUGCGGUCCACGUGGCUGAGACCCUUGGUGGAUGGGGAAGAAGGCUAUAAGUACAUAGCACCCUUCCUACCUAGUCUCAGUGUGCUGGAGGCUUCCAAGGGUGUUGUAAGACUCCCUCAUCUGAUGAAUCAGUAUCAAGAAAAAAAGGGAAAGAAGAACAUCUUGACAGUAUUAGAUUAGAGAGCUAAUCUCUGUGAAGAUCUCCACACCGUUUCAUCUCUGUGCAGGGAAGUCUUCUGCUAUGACUUUGUUGAAGAAGUUUACUGGACUUAGGAACUAGAAAUCUUCAUUAUCUUCUAUAUCUAUUAUCCUUAGUUUUGGUCUUUUAAUUAUGUUCUGAAAUUCCUGGAUGUUUUGAAUUCAAUAAACCAUAUAUGUUUAUCUGAGA